UGGUCCGUCGGCAACAGCAGCCACUUCAGGUUGUUAUGUGUGUGGUAGCAGCUGCGCCAGUGACGCCGCUUCUUCGUCCUGCAGCCGACACUGAUGGCGAUGGAGAGUUUGAGACAGUUUGUGGUCGCUCUUUCUGCUGCCGCCGCCGUCGGCUUUGUCUCCAUAAUAUUCGUGCUGAGAUGGGUUCUUCACUACAAAGAAGGUUUAGCCUGGGACGGAGGACUGGCCGAGUUCAACUGGCAUCCGGUCUUAAUAGUCACCGGGUUUAUUUUCUUGCAGGGAAUAGCCAUCAUUGUCUACAGGCUCCCCUGGACCUGGCAGUGCAGCAAACUAUUGAUGAAGUUCAUCCAUGCAGGCUUGAACUUAGUGGCCUUCAUUUUUGCCGUUAUAGCUAUGGUGGCAGUUUUUGACUUCCACAAUGCUGCCAAAAUCCCCAACAUGUACAGUCUGCACAGCUGGCUUGGCCUGAUGGUUGUGACCCUGUACUGUCUACAGCUUGUUCUUGGAGUUGGCAUGUACUUGAUACCAGUUACACCUGUAUCCUGGAGAGCAGCGUUCAUGCCCCUCCAUGUCUACAGUGGUCUUUUACUCUUUAGCAGUGCUAUAGCUGUAGCACUCAUGGGCAUCACAGAGAAGCUGAUUUUUGGCCUGAGCAACCCAAAGUAUAAGGACUCACCCCCAGAGGCAAUUUUUGUGAACAUUCUGGGAGUCCUCCUGGUGGUUUUUGGAGCUCUGAUUCUCUGGAUUGCCACUCAAACGUCUUGGAAACGCCCCACUGACCAGACCUUGCAUACUCUACAUUCCAAUGGGGGAGGUGAGGACAACACCAAAGUCGGUCCAGCUCUAUCUCAGCUGUCUGAUGGAGAUGAUGCUGAGGCCUCUGGGGAUGUCAGGAGGAGGAAUAACAAAUUAGAUGAUUAGACUGACUGAUUACAGAGUAACUGAGUCAGAGUUGGUACUGUCUCCAAUGCUGAAUGUAUGUUCACCCAGUCUACACUGGUCAGAGAAAGUAAAAAAUGUGCUUAUCUUUCCAUACAUAAACGUCUUUCUUGCACUUACAAGUAUUUUUCUUAUUGGUGUUUAGAGCUUAUUAUUGUUCUCUCUAAGCAUUAUUGUUGCAAGUGUAUGUAAAUAAUGAUGAGCUGCUUUAUAAGGAGUUUUUCUAUUCUUUUGUAUUAUGACAUCAGGGUUUUUCAAAUAUGUUCAGAACCUACCUACAUUUUACAAUAAAUA